GACGCGUACGGAAAGAAUUUAGCUGCUCUUUUCGUUUUUUAUUUAUUUAUUUGCUUUAAAUGCAUUUUAAAAUAAACAAAUUGAAUGGAAAUUUAAGCAUUUUAUUGUAGUGCAGUGCAAUAAAUUUAUGUGAAAUCGUGCGAAUUUAGUGCUACUAUUUUAGUAAUUUCUACUACUUGUGUUUCCUUGCGCGUUGUACCGUCUCGUUCGGUUGCUUGCAGUGGCAGCGAAGCAGAAGAGCAGCGCAGAGACAACUUGUGCCCGAAAUUUUUUUUUUAUUGUAACUCCGCGAAGAUAUCAAAUGAAAUAUGCAAUUGAACAACGAGCUUCAAGUCAACGGUUAGGUUGAUGGCUGAUGGCUGAGACUGCUGAAUGCCGCCAAACCAAUUAGUGAACAUCAUGAACUAACAGUAACAGUAACAACAACUGCAACAACUACAACCACUACAGUUACUAUAGAAAAGUCAUAAGUGGAAAGUAAAAUCACCAGAAUGAAGGCCGUAAUAGCAACAGCAGCAGUAGCAGUAGCAGCAGCAUAAAAACCUAACUGCAUACAUACGAACAUGCGAAUUGCAAGAACGGUAAAAGAUAAUCGACGUCAUCUCCAGUUGAGCUGCGCACACAAAGUGAUUAUAUACAUAUACAAAAGUAUGUACAAACAUACAUACACAUAAUUAAGCGUGAAAAGUUCGUGUCAGACAAGGCAUUGUGCAGAAAUUUUCGACAAAAUUCAACUUCCAGCUAAGCUAACGAACGCGAAGGUGUAAGACGGAAAAGUACAUAUCAAACACAUUUUUAAUGUAUUCGCGUUAUCAACGCCGUCGAGCUCAUCAAUAGGCUCCUCGUCAAUAUCAUUUAGAUUAUAUUGAACUGCAUUAGAAAUCGAACUUAGUUGUAGAAAAGAGAGUACAUAUUUGGACUGGUUGGUGGCGUGACCACAUUAGCAAGUGCAGUGAUAUUUGUUGGCAACUAAUGGAUCCAUAUCAUCAUAUCAGACAUCAUUAUCCACCCACCCGACCGGAAUUGCAGCAAAAAUGCAAUCGCGGCUCACAUUCGAGUGACACCAGCUCAGCAUACAGCGGCAGCGAUACAAUGGCAUCCGUGUACGGUUCAUCAAUGGACGCUGAGGAGAUUGAUCUCUCCGGUUUGGUGGAGUCAGUAGUGGACUCCGAUGAGGAGGACUUGGCCGAGAGUAUGGAUAGUUUAAAUGUGCGCGAUGCCGUGCGUGAUUGCCUCGAAAAAGAUCCCUCCGAACGCACAGAAGAAGAUGUAGAAAUCCUGCUCGAAUUCACUCAAGGCCUGAAGGCUUUCACCAACAUAACACUAGCUGUGCGGCGCGCACUAUGUGCCGUUAUGGUGUUUGCUGUGGUCGACAAGGCCGGCACUGUGGUGAUGUCCGAUGGCGAGGAACUCGAUUCGUGGUCGGUGCUUAUCAACGGCGCCGUGGAAAUCGAGCAUGCGAACGGCACACGGGAAGAGCUGCAAAUGGGCGAUUCAUUUGGCAUAUUGCCCACUAUGGAUAAGUUGUAUCAUCGCGGCGUAAUGCGCACCAAAUGUGAUGAUUGCCAGUUUGUUUGCAUAACACAAACCGAUUACUAUCGCAUACAACAUCAGGGCGAGGAGAACACGCGGCGGCACGAAGACGAGGAUGGCCGCAUAGUUAUGGUCACUGAGUUGCGUCAAAUUGGCAGCAAUGAGCACGCCGGUGCCGGCAGUAAUGCUAGUGCGGCAAGCGCGGCGGGCAUGAAGCGUGGACACGUGGUGAUACGCGGCUCACCAGAACGUUUGCUACAACAAUUAGUGGAGGAGAAUUCAAUGACUGAUCCGACAUAUGUGGAAGAUUUUUUGCUCACACAACGCAUUUUCAUCAAGAAUCCACAAGAGGUGACACAGAAGCUGCUCGCAUGGUUUGAGUGUGACGCGGAGCCGCCAAAGGGCAGCACCGCUUCACCGCAAGAGAUCAGAGAUCGUGUAACGCGCGUUGUGCUGCUUUGGGUGAAUAAUCACUUCACCGAUUUUGAGGCUGAUCAUGAAAUGAUGGAGUUCCUGGAGGUGUUCGAGGCUGGGUUGGAGCACACGCGUUUGCUGAGUCAAUUGCGUUUACUGCAUAUAGCUUGUGCGGCUAAGGCGCGCAUGCGCAGUUGUACGUUGACGCGUUCAUCACGCGACGAGCCAUUGAAUUUCAAUAUAAUCGGCGGCUAUGAGAUGCGUGGCAUUACAGCGGCGACGGGUGGUGGCGGUUGUGGCAUAUACAUAGCGCAUGUAGUGCCCGGCUCGAAGACACAAGACAUCGGUCUUAAACGUGGCGAUCAAAUACACGAAGUGAAUGGCCAAUCCUUCGAACAUGUGACAAGCAAACGCGCCAUGGAAAUACUUAUGAGCAGCACACAUCUGAGUAUUACGGUGAAAAGCAAUCUUUUGGGUUUCAAAGAGAUGAUGUUGGCCAUCGAGCAGGGUGGCAACGGUAGCAGUGGCAGCAAUGGCGCCGGCACGCCGGUCGGCAGUGGCAGUGGCAGCAGCGGCGGCUCGCUAGGCACCAAAUCAUUACGUAGUCCGCGACGCAUUUGCGCCAACGACAUUGCCAAAUUACAUGGACGCUGCAUGUUGGAUGAUAUGACAACAACAAAUCGAUCGCACAUCUUGCGACUCAGCUCGGUAGAUAUGCUGUUGCCCACAGACCAGACGGACUGUUGUGCACCAGCGACGCCACCGCCAGUAAUGUCACAACAAUCUAGCGGCGGCAAUAUGGCCAGCAAUUUCAUGUCGAAUCUGCUGCAAAGUGUCAGUAACGCAUCCGCGCGCAAGGAAGCGCACACAAAUUGCAAUGAUGGGAAUGGUGGUGGUGGUGGUGGUACAAAGGGUGGUGGCUUUAUGACGCUUGCGCCAAAACGACGCUUACAAAAGGCGCUGGCGAAAAUGAAUUUAUUGCAACAUAAAAGCAUCGGUGGUGCGGGUUUGAAUGACUCCAUUGAUGUAGUCACACCAACAGAGACUAUGUCACAAAAAGCCGGCAAACUCACCACAUCCUCAUCCAGUUCCUCCUCUACAUGCGGUGGCGUCGGCGGCAAUCGUCUCUACCAAUCACAAUCCAAUCCUGAUUUAAGUUCGUCCUUACUCUACGAAGAUUCUAACUCUCUUGCGACCAGCACCGCUACAGCACCCACUCCCACGCCCAAUUAUUUGACUACCUCCAUGCAUCGGCCAUCUGCCGUUUCCACCACUAGCUCCGCUAUGCUGCCUGACUAUCCCGAGCAUGUGCUCAAAGUCUUCAAGGCUGAUCAAUCGUGCAAAUAUUUACUCAUCAACAAGGAGACGACGGCGCACGAAGUUGUGAUGCUGGCGCUGCAGGAGUUUGGCAUACACGACCCGAGUUCCAAUUACUCGCUCUGCGAAGUUAGUGUAGGCGAAGGUGGCAUGGUGAAACAGCGUCGCCUACCCGAUCAGCUGCAGAAUCUCGCCGAGCGAAUUGGUUUCGCCGCACGCUACUAUCUGAAAACAAAUGGCAGCACAGAGACGCUGGUGCCGGAUGAAUUGGCACUGGAAUUGGUGCGUGAGUCGAGUGUGCAUUUUCUGCAGCUGAACGCCUAUGAAUUGGCCAUACAAUUGACGCUGCAGGAUUUCGCUAUUUUUCGGCAAAUCGAGUCAACGGAAUAUAUCGAUGAUCUGUUCAAUCUUAAAACGAAAUAUGGCGUGCCAAUGUUGUCGAAAUUCGCCGAGCUUGUCAACCGCGAAAUGUUUUGGGUGGUAACUGAGAUUUGCAGUGAGCAUAAUAUCGUGCGGCGCAUGAAGAUCGUCAAGCAGUUCAUAAAAAUCGCACGUCAUUGCAAGGAGUGCCGCAAUUUCAAUUCCAUGUUCGCCAUUAUAUCCGGACUGGGGCAUGCAGCUGUGUCACGGUUGCGCCUUACUUGGGAAAAAUUGCCUUCUAAAUAUCAACGGCUCUUCUCCGACUUGCAGGAUCUAAUGGACCCCUCACGCAAUAUGUCCAAAUAUCGACAGCUGGUCUCCUCAGAGCUGCUCGCACAACAUCCCAUCAUACCAUUCUAUCCGAUCGUAAAGAAGGAUCUCACCUUCAUCCAUCUGGGCAAUGACACGCGCGUAGAAGGUCUCAUCAAUUUUGAAAAGUUACGCAUGCUCUCCAAGGAGGUACGUCUGCUCACUCAUAUGUGCUCCUCGCCCUAUGAUCUGCUCGCUAUACUCGAACUCAAAGGUCAAUCGCCGUCGAAUGCGCUCUUCUCGCUCAAUCAAUUAUCCACAUCACAAAACGCCGGCGGCACACACAGCACCGUCAUCGCUGCCAAUGCCGGCCAAUCGACAAUCAAGCGCCGUAAAAAGUCAACAGCUGCACCCAACCCUAAGAAAAUGUUCGAAGAGGCGCAAAUGGUGCGACGCGUCAAAGCAUACCUGAAUAAUUUGAAGAUCAUCAACGAUGAAGAUGCAUUGCACAAAUUCUCGCUCGAAUGCGAACCAUCCUCUAAUUCGCAGACGUAUGGCGGCAGCAGUAGCAGUACACGUGGUGAAAGUGGUUUGGGACGCGAUGGCACCGGUAAUUCAUCGACGCGCAGCGGUGAUCAAUUGAGCAUCUAUUCGCACACGUCUUCGUCGUCGGCACCGAAUUCGUCGUUGUCACUACGCAAACGUCAUCCCUCCUCGCCGACACUCUCCACCACCAGCUCGACAUCGUCGACAAGCGAUCACCACAAUCGUCGCAAUAUGGCGCACAAUAAUAACUCAAAAUUUGGCAUCGCGUCUCCGCAAGCCGUCAAAAAAAUACUCGCACUUUCCGAUCCGACGAAAGUGCGGCCACAUCAGCCGUUUACAGCGCGACACUCGGGCAUGCCGCCACCCCCGCCCCCACUGCUAGUUAAUACGCCGCAUCAUAUGCUAGCGCAUGCGUACACCUCGGCACCGGCUGGCAUGCCCUUGACGGCAGCACCUGGCGCAUCGACCACGCCAAGCCCAUGCUCGCAUCGGCGCUUGGCGUCCGGUAGCAAUUCGAUGCCGGCAGGCAAUAUGGUACCCGCGCGGGCCAUACAUGAACGCUCACAUUCGGACACGCCAACGCCACCAUUACCAUCUGUUGAUCUGUCAGUUGAGAGCAGUAGCGUUACAACAUUUCGUGACUUGCCAUUGCGCAAAUCUGUGACUUCCGGGUCGGUUUCAUCCAGCGAUAGCGGACACGGUUCAUAUGCCCAACAACACGACACUAGCAGCUCGGUUUACACCGCUGCCGAUUGUCGACUGCUACAGCAAAUUUCCAAUACUGCAGCACGCAAUUUGAGCGGCGGCGUUAACAACAGCAGUAGUGGCAGUAGCAGUGGCGGUAGUCAAUGCAGCAGUAGUAGUACACCAACUACGCCAGCGCCAACUCCCAUACCACCACCGCCGCCGUAUCAUAUGUUGCGCAGCGCUGCGCACAACGCCGUCAGUAAUCUGUAUCACGCGAAUGCGACAGGUGCGGGGCCAUUGCCGCCGCCGCCGUACGCUCGCUUGCAUUGCGGGGAGACUAUGGUUGCACCGUUAAUGCAUCCACCAACAGCACAUACACGACAUUCCAAUAUGCAUGGGGGCGCUCCAAAUUUCGUUGAUGGCAACAAUAAAUGCCCGAUGUGCCCAACAAUGUCGCCACCAUCAACUAUGAAUCAAUAAAGUGUUUGAAAAACCUGUUUGAGAUUAUGUGUAAUUCUAGAUUUAAGCGAAACAAAAAACCAAAUGCCAAACUUACUUUUUGGUUGUGUUGAAAAUGGAUAUAAGUAACAACAAAAAAUCAAAACAAAAAAAAAAAAAUAAAAAAAUAGAUUGACUGCAAAUUAUUUAUGUAUGUAUAUCCUCAGUACUAACCAACCCGUUCUUCCUAUUCGGUAAUGAGAUGCUAAAUGAAACUUCGUCGUCCAUUGAAAGUGAAAAAAGCGAAAAGCAAAAAGCCUACUCCGCAAGAUGCCACCACCGUUUUGAGCGCAAUUUACACAUAUACAUACGUACAUACAACUAUUUAUUUUCGUAUAUACAUAUUUAACUGAGACUAAAAAAGCAAAGUAGCCAAAUGAGAGAAAGUGAAAUAGAUAGGAGAAAAUAUGCUAACAAGUGAAAGUGCAAAAGAGAAUAAAGUAAAUAGGAAUAGAGUAAAUGCAAACUAAAUGUUUUACGAAGCAUUGCUUGUUAAAUUGUGUGAGACAAACGUACAUAUACAUAUGUAUACAAAAAAAUAUAUCAAGUGAAAGGAAAUUUUAAGACAAAAAUCUUACUAUACUAGAAAGUAAUUAUGUGCAAAAUUUACACACAUACACACCCACAUAAUCAAUGGCAUUUGUGCGAUUUUUUAUAAUGUAUGCAAAGUACAUAUAUGUAUAUUUACAAAACCUUUUUUAUGUUUCUAUUUUUAUGAUGAAAAGUAAAAUAUUUAUACUUUCUAAUAUAACUUUUUACCCUUUUGAAAGUAAACCCAAAAACUAAAAGAGAAGAAAAGAAAAGAACAAUUUAAAUUUAAAACAUAAUUAAAACUAAAGAAUUCCAAACUCUUAUAAGAAAUACGCAUUAGUUGUAAGUUGAAAAA